CCGCAGACACAUGUUGCUACAGUACUGAUGUUGCUAGUAGAUCGGCCUAAACUUUUGCUUUAUUCUGCUAUGUCCCCGUAACUUUACCCCGGCCCAAAAGAAAUGGGAAAUCAACGUUUCGCGGCCCGUGGGAAGACUACCUAGGCUCCAUUUGAACCGAUAUUCUCGUUUGUCCACUAUAUGUGCUAGCCUCAGGGCGAAGAGAUGGGUUAGGUAGGAACGUAGACGCGAUAUGACGGCCAAGGAUUGGUUGAUUGAACCUGCGGUGUUCCCUAGUGUAAACAGGUAUCAUCGCGCAUACCAGCAUCUUGUGCACCCUCCUUGUGGUAAUCGCUUCUCCAAUCCUGGAGCAGGCUAUGGAGGGGGUAACCACCACGCGAUUGAUAUGGGAUGCACAAGUUCGUAGGGGCAAACCCCAUAUGCCAUAUCGGCUUGCCAUGGAGAAAUCCAGCUCGGGCCGGUGCAUGGUGAAGGCUCAUCCGAUUUCUCACGCUGCUUAGAUAUAUCACUGUGAUUUCCUUUCCGGGUAUUAAGAAUCAACGCCCACUUAGGCUUGUGGUUCAAAGUCCGCCUACCCUUGCACGGUACCUUAUACGCCCAAUAUUAAGAAGUCUAGGCGACUUAUAAACUGGCUCCCCCCCAUCUACGGCUUUUUCUUGUCUUCCAGAUCGUCGUUUGCCCGAUACGACACGAGACGUGUGUUAUGGCUAAUUCUACGGAUUGCGUCUCGAGCCGCUGCUCGCGAGUCUUUCUCACUUACGAACCUUCCCUUGCUGGAAAUGCGGUAUUCUUAGCCUUAUUUGCUAUUCUACUUCCGGUCGCUUUUGCCUUGGGGAUUAAGUACAAGAGCACGGUUUUUUCUACGGCACUGAUGACGGGACUUGCAUUGGAGGUGGUGGGCUAUAUCGGUAGAAUCUUGUUGCAUAAUACGCCGGCCGAUAGGAGUGGCUUCAUUCUAUUCUUGAUUGGAACUACCGUAGGCCCGACAUUCAUCUGCGGCAGCAUAUUUUUCAUAAUACCGCGGAUUAUCACCGUCUAUGGAGAGGAGCUUCGCUCAUGGAGGCCGAUUUGGUAUUCUUUUCUCCUCCAAGGGCUGGCAACUCUAUCUUUCGUCUUAGAGUUGGCAGGGGGGCUCGUCUCGACAAUCCAAGAUGAUCAAGGAAGAGUUGACAUAGGGGCCCACGUUCUCGCCGCCGGGCUGGCUAUCCAACUUGUUACACUAGUUAUCGUCCUCGGACAUGCUAUUCUAUGUGCGAUCGCCAUACAUACGAGACACCAUAUGCUGGACAUCAAGUUUGCCGGUAUAUAUAAUAGCGGAUCUUUCAAAGCCUUUUUGUUUGCUUUCGCAUUUGCGAUUGCCUUACUCAUCCUUCGAACAGCCUACCGAACGAUUAUGGCUGCCGAAGGCUACGACAGUUCGAUCGCGCAAUCGGAAACGCUAUUACUGGUACUGGAUGGAUUAAUGGUACUACUUGCUAUUUUGGCCUUGCUAGUAUUCUUUCCGGGACGAAUUCUACGAGACUCUAACGCCGCUUCAACCGAUACGGGUGGCUCCCUACAGUUUGCCGCCAUCGACCCAAGGUAG